AUGGAGCUGCUCCCCUGCCUGCUGCUGGUGCCUGCCAGCUGCCUGCCUCCGAUUCUGGGGGCCCUUGUGCAUGGAGCUGCAGCCCCCAGGUAUCUUGGAAGUCUGGUGGAAGGUGUUGCUUCCCAGGCGCCCCCAGUUCGGAUCAGGAGAGCAGCUGGCCAGCUCCACGGCGCCGUCUACCUGAAGCUGAUGCCGGUGGCCUCUUCGUCCUUCGACGCCUUCCAAACUCAGCAAUUCCUCCACGCCCUGAGCCUCCCCCAGGAUGUAUCUGGCACACCAAGCACCAUCACAGCCCUCACUGUAACUACUGAGUGUGACCCACCGAAGCAAGGGAGACGCAGCUGCAGCUGCCUUCUGGAUUACCGGUGGAGCGAUGGCCUCUGCAAGCUCUUCCCGGCCUGCGGGAACCUCUUCAGCGCCUUUGUCUCCGUGUUCAUCUCAGCCCCCUGCGAUUGCCUCAGCCUGCCUUCCUCCAACGGCAGCUACUGUGUGCCGCUGCUGGAGGCCUCCCCAGCGUCCCAACGGCCGGCGCUGCCCCCCAAGGUUGCUUCCGGGGACGACCUGACUCUCUCCUUCAGCGUGGGAGAAGGAGCCACGGACGUGAAGCUGUACCUGCUCAACCCUGAGCAGAGCGGGCCUAAAGAGAUCCACAAUGGGACGGGAGCGACGCUGCUGCGGAACGGCUCGGAGGCUGUGCUGACCGUCUCCUCGGUCUCCCCAGACUGGGCUGGGAAGUACAUCUGCCGCUACCGGGAGGGCGGCACCCUGUGGGAGGUGAAGCAAGAGGUCACGGUCCCCCUCGUCCCUGCAGACGUCCUCCCAGCCCCGUCGCAAGUCUCCAUGAACUGCAGCUCCCCCGACCGGCUGACCCUGCAGUGCUGCGUCCGGAACCGAGUUGGAGAGCUUAGAGCGUCCUGGAAUCCUGGAGCUCCAGACCCAGUGGGCCUAGACAGCAGGACAGACCCGCUCUGCCACUUCCUCGCUCUGGACUCCUGCCCCAGCGACGACACAACCUUCCGGUGCACAUUUGAGAGUGACGGGCUUGGAUCCGUGCACACCACGGUGCUGGUGAGCGCGAUUCGAGCGGGGGAUCUCUUCUGCCCCGGCGAGGGCGCUCCGGGCGGAUGGGAUGCCACAAAGGCUGGCCAGGUGGCUGAGCGUCUGUGUCCCCAGGGCAGCGACGGGAAGGUGCUGCGGAGCUGCUCCUCCGCGGGGGCCUGGGGGGCCGUGGAGAGCCACUGCACGAGCCACCAGCUGCUCUCUGGCUUGCACAGGGCCCAGCUGCUCCAGGCGGGGCUGGGCGAUCCCCACGCCGAGGUCCCGUGGAUGAUCGACUGGCUAACAACAGAGGCCACGCCUGGGCAGGGCCAAGCGAGCAGCAGCCCCCAGGACCUCCACACUGUGGUGGCCAUAAUGGACGCCAUCUCACACGUGGCUCUGGACGCCGACAUGCGCCUAGACAGCGGAGCCAUGACUAACUUGUUGACAGCUGCCAACCGGAUGCUGGAUCUGGAUGCGGAGACCGAGUGGUCUGCAGUGCGGGCCUUGUGGCCACGUGUGGCUUCCGGGUUCCUGCAGGCCAUCGAGAACCUCACCAGCCUCCUGCUGCCUUCGCCCGGCGGCUUCAACUUGACCCUCUCCAACGUGGAGCUCCAGAGCGCCCAGCUGGACUCCGGCUCCGUGGCUGAUUACAGCAAGACGUUUGAUACGGAGCCCCCCGUCAGCAUGCGCAUCGCCGAAGAGGAGCUGGGGGCCCUGGUGUCCGGCGGGCAGAACAUCACCAUCACCAGCCUGGUGCUGAAGAAGCUGGAGGGGGUCUUACCCGGGACGGGCGGCACCGACGCCAGGCACGGCCUGGGCAGCUUCGUGAUGGCCAACGCCAUCAGGACUCCCAACGGCAGCGUCAGCAAGGUCGAGAUUGGCAUGACCUUUGGCCACUGGAACGCCACCCUCACAGGGAAGGAGCCUCUGUCAGCCCAGUGCGUGUUCUGGAACCACAGCUUGCUGGGUGGGGUGGGAGGCUGGUCCACCCAGGGGUGCCAGGCGUCUGGCACCGAAACGGCCACUGACUGCUCUUGCCAGCACCUCACGUCCUUCUCCAUCCUCAUGUCUGCCCACCCGGUGCCAAGCAGCGGCGCCUUGCGCUUCCUGGGCAACUUUGGCCUCUGCGCCUCCAUCCUGGCCCUUGUGGCUACCCUCGCCAUCUACUAUCUUGUCUGGACGUUGGUGGUGAAGAACAAGAUGGCCUACUUCCGCUACACCACGCUGGUCAACAUCUCGUUGACUCUGCUGAUGGGUAGCUUCUGGUUCCUGGGCGCCUCCGUGAUGACCGCUAACCACGAGAACAAGCUCUGCGUGGCGGCUGCUUUCUUCAUCCACUUCUUCUACCUGGCCAUGUUCUUCUGGAUGUCGGUCCAAGCCCUCAUGCUCUUCCACCAGCUGAUCUUCAUCUUCCACCAGCUGACCAUGAGCUCCAUCGUGCCUGUCAUGGUCACGGUGGGCUACGGGUGCCCCUUAGCCAUCGCCGUGGCGACUGUGGCCGCCUUCUUCCCCAGGCGGGGCUACAUCCAAGAGGCCUUCUGCUGGCUCAGCACGCGCAGCAAAGCCAUCUACGCCUUCUCGGUGCCUGUCCUGGCCAUGGUGACGGUCAACAUCCUGAUUCUCUUCGUGGUGCUGCUAAAACUCAUGAGACCUUCGGUGUCGGCGGAACCCCCGGGGGAGGAGAAGGCGGCCCUGCUCGGCAUCUUCAAGGCGCUGCUCAUCCUCACGCCGAUGUUUGGCUUGACCUGGGGGCUGGGCAUCAUCACCAUGACAACACAGACAUCUGCUUUUACCCAUUAUGCAUUUACCAUCCUCAAUUCAUUCCAGGGGGUCUUCAUUUUGCUCUUUGGAUGCCUGAUGGACAAAAAGGUGAGGGGAGCCUUGUGGAACCGCCUGUGCAAGGCAAGUGCCCCAACCAGGACAAGCAUCUCCCAGAGCAAGAGCGUCACCUUGGACUCCAAGCUCAGCCACUGAGAGGCUGGAAGGCAGCACAGGGAAGGGGUCUCCGGACAGCCUGGAUGCAACAGCAGUGAAAAAG